AAGAUUUCUACUUGUGCAUGCAGCAUCUACAACCAUGCACUUGCCGCUUGCCCUCCUGUCGCUGGCCGUCUCUCCGACCUACGCUCGCCCUCAACAGCAGCCAUGGCGUGCUCUCCCUGAGACAAUAGCCAAGCCUCGACUAUGCCCAGAUUCCAACUUCACCCAAUACUCAGGCUACGUCCCUGGUUCUGAGAUCUUCUUUUGGUUCUUCCCUUCCCGGUCUGACCCCUCGAAAGACCCCAUCGGCGUUUGGACGAAUGGUGGUCCAGGCUCAUCUGCGCUCAUGGGCAUGCAAUAUGUCGGUCCAUGUGAGGUAGUAGAGGGCGAUCAUGGUCCAGAGAUGAGGAGGAGAGAAUGGAGUUUCAACGAUCAUGCGAGUAUCUUGAUGAUAGAUAACCCUCGUGGCGCUGGAUUCUCAUUUGCAAAGUUUCCAGCUGUAGAUAACAUCUACGAUGGGGCAAGAGACGCUUGGAUCUUUCUCCAGUCCUUUUUCAAGGUCUUCCCAGAGUAUCAGGCCAAUGCUCUGGCCGUCAACUCUGCGUCUUAUGGAGGGCACUACUGUCCGGCUUACGCAUCGUUCAUCCAACAUAUGAAUGCCAAGAUUGCAGGCGAACCUUCUUUAUGGGAAGAUAUCUGGGAAGACGAAGCGACCGAUGACGCCAUUCGAUUGAACCUCACCAGUAUUUCCAUCGGUAAUGGGUUCAUCAACAAUCGAGUCCAAGCACGAUUCAAUAUUGAAUACGCGUGUGGAGGUGCCGAUAUCCCCAUGCUGGGGGAUGCAGAGGAGUGCGAAUGGGCCAGGAAGCAGAUCGAUAUGGCUGAGGAGCUCAUGGAUACCUGCCGAUCCAAAGUUGAAUGCUCGGCCGCUGGACUAUGGACAGACAAGGUCUCGUCCUUCCCUUAUGAGACUACAGGUUUGAACCCUUACGAUUACCGUCGAUCUGAGCCCUACGACGAAACUCAUAUCAUUGCCUUUUACAAUAAUGCGAGUGUUCAAGCUGCUUUGGGGGUCAUUCAGCCUGGACAACCGGCGAAAGUCUGGGAAUCUCAUUCGAGACGAGUAGCUGCCGAAUUCAUUCUCUCUGGUGAUUGGGAUGAGAGAACAGACUACCUCUUCGCCAGGUUGUUGAAGAGUGGCGUGGGGAUAUUGAAGUACGAAGGAAUGGUCGAUUGGAUAUGCAAUUACCUUGGGGUUCGACAGGUCAUGCAGAAUUUGACGGAUUACCAGCAUCAAAAGGCAUGGAACAGAAUCGACAUGAAGCCAUGGUACGGCCAAGGAGACGUAUCUGCUGGUCGAUACAAAUGCCAUCAGCAUAACGGAGAAGCCCCCCUGUGUUACGUCGAGGUCGAAGACGCCGGUCAUGUAGUCAGUACCGACAAGCCCAAGGAGGGAAGCUGGCUCGUCGGAAAGUGGAUGAACGAUCGAGAAAUAUGAUUCGCAAAGUUUCUGGACGAGCAAGGCUAGUUUGUACAUGUAUGUAGGCGACUCAAUGGCCUGUACGAGCAAGAAAGUCCAUGAAGCAAAGUAAAAGGCCUA